AAGGGAACAAAUAUUCUUAUUUUGUAUUUUUAAAAACAACAUUUCAAUAUGGAUCCCGAAGAAAAACAAUUAAUUGGUUCAAUACUUAGUGGUAUGUGAAUAUAAUAACAAUGUAUUAGAUGAAAGUGAAGUGUAAAUGUAUGAAAGGAAAUAAACUAGAAAAAAGAGUAAAUUAUCACUGAACGCCAAAGAGUUUUAACCUACUUUGAUUAAUUCCAUUGAAUAAAUUGAAAUUCAUGGAGAAAAUUAUGGAAAUGACACUUUAACUUACAAUUCCACAAACACACAACCUUAUAUGUAUAUAUUCUAAUUAUAAAUAUUAGAUUUAACGAAAGACAAAAAGAAAAGAAGCCUUCAAUUAAAAUUCAUCAUGAAUUAAAGUAACUAUAAUUUUCCCCUAAAAAACAUCAAACUAUGCAACCUAUUACUUAGGUUUAAACUUUAUAUUUGACAUUUAACAGUCAUCCUUCACUAUAAGAAGAUAAUUAAGUUCAAUUAUAGUUGAGACAAGAUGAUUUGCAAUUUAGAAAUUGUUUGGUAAUUAUAUAUUGUUUUAUUUAAGGAAUAAAUAUGUGGGAAUUAAAAUGCUUCAAGAAAUCUAUAAAAGAUUUUUGAUAAUGGCACCACUUUAUAAAGAAGUAUGAUCUUUGAGACUAUUGAAAAAAAUUUAAUUAAGACGUCAAAAGAUUUAUUUGGAAAUUAUUUGGUUUAAAAAAUAUUUUUGUCAGGUAUUUCAAUAAAAUUAUUGAUUUAGGUGAAAAAUAAUGGAAAUUCAGUUUAUUUUACUAAUUUAAAGGACAUUUAGUUGAAUUAUCCAAAAAUUAAUAUGCUUCUAGAGUAAUACAUAGAAUGAUAGAAUUUUUAAAAGAUGAAGACUAUCAUUUUUCAAUUGAAUUUAUGGAUGAGAUAAAAUAAUAAGUCAGACAAUUAAUCAAUGAUAAUAAUGGUUGCUUUGUAUUAUUAAGUUGUUUGGACAAUUUUGAUUAUAAGAUUUGUGAAUAUAUGAAGAAACAUAUAGAAUAAUCAGUCUAUUCUAUGUCUUAACAUACAUAUGGAUGUAGAAUCAUUUAGUUUAUGCUUCAAAAACAAUAUAGUUUAUCCUUAUUAGACUAAAUUAUGGAUGCAUCAUAGUAAUUAUGUAUAUGCGAGUUUGGUAAUUACAUAAUUUAGUUUAUUUUGAAGAGUAAUUUCAAACAAUAAAAAAUGGAACUUUUCAAAAUUAUUAAGAGUAAUUUCUAAACAUUAUCUUAUAACAAAUAUGGGAGUAAUGUUGUAGAAGUAUUUCUUGAAGUAAUUGAUUAAGAAGACAUAAAAUUUGUAACUAAUAUAAUGUUAGCUGCAGAUUCGGAAAGCAAGUAGAUUUAAUUUAAAAUUUUAGUUAUUAAUUUGUAGCUUUUGCUACUCAUCCUUUUGGAAACUAUGUUUUUAAAAAAUACUUAUAGUUAGAUCAGUAAUAAAUCAUUCCAGUUCUUGGAAUAAUGAAAAGACAUCCAGAAAUACUAUAAUAAAUAAAUAGUUCUGAAUAUGGAUAGAAGAUAUUUUCUGUUGUUGAGCGAUCGAUUCAAUUUAUAUGAAAAAAAAGUUUGUGAAUUGUAUUAAGUUUGUAUUAUGUCG